CCCUCUCUACCUAUACGCCAAUAGGACUCGGCCUGCCUGAGGCGGCUCCUCCCCCUGUCAUGUCCUCGGGCAGGAGCUCGUGGAGGUGCCACCAUCCUAUCUGUGACAGGUCAUCAGUCAGGCUGCAGUUUUAAAGUACAUCUGAUACUCCGUGCAAGUGAAGUGAGAAGAGCUGGCAAUUUAAUAUUUCACCCAGAGUCAAAAGAAAAUAAGCCAGCAAAAUGCCGGUACAUUUGGAUGAUAUUUUGGCUCUUUUGUGCCAUGUAUCUGAACAACAAAAGAUGAAGGCUGCGGUGAAGCACUCUGCCAAAGGAGCUCUAGCGGCGGGGGCAUGCGCCUUUGUUGGUGGACUGAUGGGUGGUCCAGUAGGAAUAGCUGCAGGUGGCGCUGUGGGCGGUCUAGUAGGUGCAUGGAUGACCAGCGGGCAGUUCCAGCCCAUACCCCAGAUUCUAAUGGAGCUCCCGCCUGUAAAGCAGCAAGACCUCUGUGAUCGUGUUUUUGCAAUAAUUCGAAAUCUGGACUGGACUGAUGCCACACAUCUGAUCAUGCUAGUCAGUGGCAAUGCCGCUUUGCAACAGAAGGUGGCAGCAUUGCUCAUAAACUACGUGACUCAGGAGCUGCGAGCUGAAAUUCAGUAUGGGGAUUAGAAUUUUUCCACAACUCCUUAUUUUCAGCACCAACCCCCUACUGUUUGCUGACAGAUCUGUGCCGGGUCAACAAGACUUGCUUUUGGAAACUAUAUUAGAAUUUUGUGACGUACCUCAGGAAACCACGAACGUGCUUCAUAUACCUGUAGAGGUGACAUUUAGUGUUGGCACAGUCGUGGGUUUAAUUAAUGACUUUAAAUUAUAGAGAAUGAACUGACAGAACGGGGCUAUUGAGAAAUACAACUCAUAAUGGCUGUAGCAUUGCAUCCUUUGUAAUAUUCCUUGCAGUAUGUGGGGAUUGUGGAAGGAGAUUCUCAUGUACAACUGAUGGCUCACCUUUGAAUCCCAGUUACAUAUAAACUACAUUACCCACGAUGCACUGCAGGCCUUAAUUAUCAUGGGAAAUAGUUUUCUAAACAUCACGGGUGCUACAGUAUAGCUAUUGGUCCUCCACAAUUAACCAAUAUUAUUAAACCAGAUAGUGCUCGUAAUAACUUCUGCUACACUAUGUUCCUCCAGCAGGCACAGGGUUAAAGCACAAUCACCAAAUCUGACAUUAGGAAUAGAACAUGAUUUGAAAACAUUGCAGAUGGCCAAACCGGGAACAGUUAAAGAUUGGUUGUUGGUUUUUUUUUUCUUCCAUGUGACUACUGUGACUG